AUGGCUGGCCAUUUAGGAUGCCUUCAAGCUAAAGUGAAAGAGAAGUUUAACCAUGCAAUUUUCGUUCACUGUAUAGCACAUAGACUUAAUUUGGUUUUAUCGCGAAGCAUGGAUAAUAUUAAAGAUUGCAAAGUUUUCUUUUCGACGCUCAGUGGUUUGGCUUCCUUCUUUUCAAAGUCAUCGAAAAUAACUCGCGCUAUUUUACAACAAAUGAACUCUCGAUUUCAAAACUUUAACGAAUUAAAAUUUGUUGAAUUGUGCAAUUUUAAUAUUACAUUAAAGUACCAGUUAAGUGUUGUUUAUGAAACAACUGAAAUUAGUAAUGAAAAGACGUCCAUCAAUGUGUUAAAUUUUCUUAUAACAACUGGUUUAAAUAAGUCCCUUUGUGAAGUCGUCAAGUUUUGUGAAUUAGUACUAGCCAUCCCAGUCACAAGCCAAGAGUACGUGAAUUAUAAAGGUAAUGUUGUUCCUGCUAAAUCUGUUGGAGACCUAUGUAACUGUAAGUUAAAAUGCUUGGAAAAGAUUACUAAUGAGCAGCAGCUAGAGGCAUUUGAAAGAUUUUAUAAUUUAGCUACAAAGGACGAACAGGACUUGUAUUUACAGGGACUUGUUCAUGUUUCUAGUAUCAAAACUCGCCGCCCACGAGUACAACAACUUAACGACUUAGGGAGAACAACAAACCAGUUGUUACAAGCAGGAGUUACGCCUACAGAUAAAAGAGGAAAACAAGUCAGUGCUAAUGUUAUCCCCGCCGAAGAGAAGAUUCGUAUUCAUGAGCACAUAAAUUCGUUUCCUGUAAAAACGUCCCAUUAUUCUUCAAGAGAAUAUCAUUAUCUUAGUUCAGAAUUGACAGUAAAGACCAUGUAUUCGAUGUUCAAAGAAAAAUAUCCAGACUCAAAGAUUAAGUACGAAUACUACAACAGAAUUUUUAAGGACGAUUUUGAUCUGAAGUUUGAUAGGCAGCAGGUCGACACAUGCUGCACUUGUGAGAAUCUUUCAAUCAAAAUUAAGAGUAAGGAUCUAAAUGAGAAUGCUAAAAGAGUUGCUCUUGCUGAAAUGCUCGUGCAUAAAAGACGAAGUAAAAAGUUUUACACGGCACUGCAGGAGUCAACAAAGAAGAGCAAAGAGUCUAAUAAUGUAGUUGCCCUUGCGUUUGACUAUAUGCAAAACUUACAGCUUCCAAAAAUACCAGUACAGGAUUUAUUCUAUUUAAGACAAUUAACAGUAAGCGUUUUUUGCAUCCACAACAUGAAGACUGACCAAGUUGUUUACUUCAUUUAUCAUGAAGGUUGUGGCAAAAAAGGCCCUAAUGAAGUAUGUUUCUUCCUUUACCAGUAUAUAAAGGAAUAUAUACCUGAUAGUGUGAGGGAACUGCAUCUCUUUAGCGACAAUUGUCCUGGUCAAAACAAAAAUAACACCCUAAUUCGAAUGUGCCUGUUCCUGAAAGAUUCCGGCAGAUUUGAUGAUAUUCAGCAAUACUUUCCCAUUCGAGGACACUCGUUUCUGCCUUGCGAUAGAGACUUUGGUAACAUUAAAAGAAAGUUAAAAAAAGUCGAUCGUGUUUAUACCAUACGUCAGUAUAUAGAAAUUAUAGCAUCUUUCAGCAACAAACAUAAAUUUCUAAUCCAUCUUGUGGAUGGAAAGGAUAUAGUGAAUUUUAAAGACUGGUGGCCUGGACUUUUAUUUUGUUACCUAACAGGAAAACUUCCCAUAAAAUCAGAUAAAAUGGAUCCACAUAAAGAAAUCGGCUAA